AUGCACAAAUGCCGCAAAAAGAAAAUCUGCGGAGGAGGCACAGCGUGCUUUUGUGUACUAACUCUGCCUCAGGGAGAAUUUCGGUAUACAUCAACGGGGUCGUCGUCUGUUGAUGUUCCAACGGAUGUAGACCCCGCACAGAUUCGGAAUUAA